ACGUGUUAAAAAGACGUGUGGGAAACAGCCACGCGCGCUUUAACCAAAUGCGUUUUGGAGAGAGCGCAUUUCGGGCUUCACGUAUGGGAGACUCAUUCCUGUUCCCCAAAGCGGUCUGCUGGGAAUAUGAGGCUUCCAACUCUCCCGGCACCCUCAUCCCCCUCUCUCUUCUCCACCUUUCUGAAUGUGAAGAAGUGCUUGGCGGUUACGUCAGACUCCGGAGCGAAAAGUGCAGGGCAAGCAAAUAACGCGGCUAAGGAGCCGCUCGCAGACUCUGCUCCCAAAAGCACAGCCUGCUCACUCCUCUGUGAUCAGUCCUGUCACUAAAGACCACUGCUAAAAGCAAUGCUGUAAGUCAGGGGCUUCUCUCUCUCUCUUUCUCUCUCUCUCUCUCUGUUUUUUCUUAUGCGCGCUUUGGAAACUGAUUUUCCAUGGUGUGACGAAUACGCAACCAAGGACAAUAUCCAGUGCACACUGAGACGGCACGCUUUCUCUGUGAUCCUUGCAAUGACACGAUGAGGCGUGUGAGGAUUUCUCCACGACUCCACGACUGAUUAGAUUUGUCUAUCCGCCCGAGAGCGACCGACAUGCCGCACGCGCGAGCCAGGAACCCGAGCCCCAUCCCGGAGGUAACGUGGGACGCAGGGCACAAGGAGAUGAACGAGACGUGGAAGGGGGCAGUGGCGUGUCUCGGCGUGGCCGUGUUCUUUGUGAUGACCAUCGGCAUCAUUUACUGGCAAGUGGUGGACCAGCCCAACAAGAACUGGAUCCUGAAGGGCAGCUUCAGCGGGCUGGUGUGGGAGCGCAGGGCGCAUUCGCUUGUGGUGCAGACGCUCUCUGAGGACAAGACGUUCGUGCAGAUCGACCUGGGACACGCGGGCGGCUCUGAGGCUGAUGUGCCGUUCGUGCGCAACCUUUGUUGGCUUAACAAGACCGAGUUCUGCUACACGUGGGACUCCGUAGCCGACGUGAGGAUUUCUCUGGACGCCGGCGACGAGGCCGGGACCGAGUGCUACACCGUGACCUGGACCCCGGUGCACUGCCAUGUGGAGCUCAAGGACUGCUUCUCCAUGGAUAAUGUAUCGUGGUACGGUGGGGCCAGUGUCCAAGCACUGCGGUGGCCAAUAAACGAUGUGGAUAUUUCAAUGCAGCCCUUCACCGUCAGUGACCUGCGGGACAACCCCUCUGGCUUUGGUUCAGUCCUAGAGCGCUAUUUCCUGGGCUCGUCAGGUGUGGCAGUACUGGUGGCCCCACACAUCCCACUGCAUGUAGGGGUAGAAAGCAGGCGGCAGUUCUGUCUUCAGACAUCACCCAGUAUGGCGCGUCUGCCCCUGCAGUACACUGUCUGUGUGGGAGAGAACGUCAAAGCCGUUUACCAAGAGUCAAUACAGAAGCUCUCCAUGCCCUAUCGAGAACUGCCCGGCAUGAAUGUCUUACGGCUGCCUUUCUGGAAACUUCCAGCAAGUGUGGACUCAGGGGCAAAGAUCGAAAGGGAGCUGAGAACCUUCUCUAACCGGCUGAAGAGGCACCACCUAGGUGAAGGGGUCAUCAGCCUGGAUGAACAUUCCACAUCUCUCCUCUCCAACAUGGUCCAUGAGUACCACAAUGGAAGAAGAAGGACUUCUAAGAGACAGAGCAGAGACCUGCCUUUCGUGAAGUUUCUGAACAUUUCCGUAACCCUUUCCCCAUAUAUAAGUGUGGACUCACGGCAGUUUCAGACCUCCAUACAAGAGAGAAUGCAGGAUUACUGGCUCAGCCUGCCCACCGGCCCACGGGCUCAAUUGGUUCCUUUAUUAACUCAGUGGAGAGGAAAAUACUGUGUCAAAUUGAACAUCACAAAUCCAGAAGCCACCAACUGGUUCUUGGAAAGAGUGAGCAGCUUACACAGUCACUUGGGCAUGGAGUAUGUGAUGCUAGAGGGUGGGGAGGGAAACCCAUUUGAAGAGAAGACUAUGCGACACUCUCCUGUCCUCACAGGAGAUGAAUACAUCAGGCUCCUGGCAGACCUCGCUGAGAGUAUUGGGGACAAUACUAUUGUUAGCGCAGGAACAAGGUCCAGCCAUAAGCCUUUGUUCAUCCGUAUGAGUGCACUGCAGUCUGACUGGAGCUAUGCUGGCCUCAAGGGUAUCAUUCCAUCCCUGCUGCAUUACAGCCUGCUGGGCUAUAAUUUCUUCAUUCCCGAUGCAGUAGGAGGCUCUUUAUCCACUGAGCCUUUCACAGAUGAUGAACUCUUCAUUCGCUGGCUGGAGAUUGUGGCCUUUCUUCCUGUGCUCAGUUUUCAGACACCUCCAUGGGCAUCUGGGGUAGACAAGGUCCUUAACCUAACCAGAAUCUACAUCACUAAGCGCCAGGACUUUGUAGUGCCUCUGAUAGAGAAAUAUGCACAGGAGUGGCAUGCCACUGGAAACCCCAUCUACCGCCCGCUGUGGUGGAUCAGUCCUGAUGACCCAGCCACAUUCACCAUUGAUGAUGAAUUUCUCAUUGGAGAUGAGGUACUUGUUGCACCAGUGACAGAAAAAGGAGCUUUGCAGAGAGACAUAUAUCUGCCAGGGAGUAACUUUCAGUGGCAAGACACCAACAAUGCUAAAGUGUUUGAUGGCGGGACGCUCCUACAAAGUUACCAUGCUGGGCUUGAGGAGGUGCCUGUAUUCAUCCGAAAGACCUCCUGAGGUCAACUGUCUGACUAUCACAAGGCCGAUUUUCUAUUUUUGACUUUUUAUUUUUCAGUUGUGCUGAUCUCAAGUUGCACUUUCCACAAAGACCAUUUUCUGUGUUCUAAGGCACAGUCUUAAGAUUAUGUACAAGAUCAUUUCUAUUUGCACUUUAUAAAUGAAAGAUAUUUAUAUUAUCUAUAAUAUUUUGAAAUCAUGUGGUUUCAUUUAUCUGCUAGAUUUAUUUGUGGUAAUUCAAUGUUUUCUACCUACCUUUUUUUUUUUUUUUUUUUGGUAGAACUGUGGUUUACAUUUGAUAAAUACUCACAGCCUUAAAAGUUGAUCUGCUUCCACUGGUCAUAAUGUGGAGUACAGCAUCAAGUGCUUAAUUCACUUAAAGUAACCUUUUUUUUUUUCUUAAGAAGACCAAACAAUCAGUGAAAAGAUACUUCUUGCCGAGGAAUAAACUGUAAAGAAGGAAGGCCUGACACCAGAGUGGACACGUCGUUGAACAUCUCUUAAUUUCACUGAGCAGGCUUUUCACUCAGACAUUGCUGGUUAUUCUGCUAUUCUACCUGUACCUCAAGUUUAUUGUUAUCUUUGUUAAAUGUGAAAAAAAUUUCAACCAGCAUAACACAGAAGCUGAUGCACAGCAACUAUCUGCAGUUCAAGUGCAAUGAUUUGACCCACUGUGAGCAAAGUGCUAAGAAAUGGUGAUCACCUUCUAUGCAAUGAAAUGGUCCACCAUCAUUAUAUUUACAGCUGCAAGUCUUAUCGUGGAGUACUGGUGAAAUCACAUCAUUUUGAAAGAUUCUCAUAUGCAUUUUAUUUCAGCUUUUUUCUAUUCAUUAGCUUUUCAGUAUUAAUACACAUCAAUCCAUUAUUUUAUUUAUUCAAAGCGAUUUGUAACAUUUUCAGUAUAAAAUUAGUGGAUUUUUAAGAGAAUAUCAUGCUGAUAGAAAUAGAAUUGAUAUUAUUUUUUAAAUUACUAAACUGACAGAUAUUACAGAAGCACCACCAGUAAUACAGGGGAACACAAGACUCCAUUUAGUGCAAAACGACAGUGCAUUAAGGGUGCUGUGCCUCCUCAGUACUCACAAUUCAGCGCAAGUGAGUCAUCAGCACAUCAAUUUAUGAGUUUAUGAAACCUGAAUCACUGUCAAAUGAUGUUCCAGUACAGAGAGAACUUGAUCAGCAUGGCAUAUAGCCUUCUGCAACCUUAAUUAAUCCUGAUAGAGUAGUCAAUGUUUACUGUAACUACAGGGCUCUCGGGUCAAAGAUAUCAAAUGCAAUCAAAGAAUGUCUUAUUGAGGCCCUGUGUUGAAAUGUCUUAAUCUCUUUUUUUUCUUAUAUAAACACAUAGUUUUCAAACAAGACAAACUGUGAUGUUUUUUUAAUCAAACCUGUAUUCAAGGAGCAUAUAUUCUGUUUUUAUAUAUAUAUAUAUAUAUUUAGUAGGUUUUGCUAAUGUCUGUCUAAAAGCUUUACUUUAUUUCAUGUCUGCUAAAUAAGUUUUGACUCAUUUUGAGCCCGUCUGAGGGCCAGAAGUGCCUCAAACAAAACAAAUCAGCAAUGUAGCAGAUAUCUGACUGUGCCAUUCAAUGCAUUUUUUGAUCUGUGAAUUAGAAAACUAGAAAUGUCAAUAUACAAUAAAGUUUACACUUUCAUGCUAUAGAAAUAGACAGAAGGUUCGUGUGUCAUACUUACUGUGAGAGAAAAGAUGUACUGUACUGAGUUGCUGAAUGAAAAUGCAUUGAUGUUAAUAUUUGUGUGUAUAUAUGUGGAUGUGUGGGUGUGUGUGACCUUACUCCAUCACAGUAUAUCAGUAGCUAUGCUGACGGCAAAUAUCUCCACUAAUUCUACUUAAACCCAAUGAAAGGUAUUUAUAGCUACAGUCUGCAUGCAAAGGGAAUCAUAUGGAACACCCACUGAGGGACCCUCUCUCACCUUAAGCUGGCCCUAUUCCAGUAUAGGCUAUGCUUACCAUGCCACUCCUCAGCUCUGUAACCGAGGAAUAUCCGCUCCUAAAUAGUAAAUACUGUAUCUCUAGGCUCCAUUUAGCCCAAGACUGGAUAAUAUAGUAUUUAUUUAUAAAACGGCACUUUUUGUUUUAUGCUAAGCAAAACCACUAAACUUCAUAUUGUUGGUGCAUAUGUGGAUGUAGAACACAUAACACAACACCAAAGCUAUCACAAAUGAAGUAGAAUGGUAUUUUCUGUCUGCUUGCCUGGUGGAGCAGGGGCUUCUCUAGAAGAUGAAUUUAACUGGUGACAUGUUGUGGGAUGAGCCACUGCUCGCUGGGCUACUUUUAGAAAGUGCAAGUCAAGGUGUAAUAUUUCACUGCAUGGUAGAGUGAAUAGGUUUCCCAGCUCGCCAGUCAGAAAAACAACUAAAAAGUCCAUAUGCGUUGCAUAUCUAGCUGAUAUGUAGAAAGUGGCAAAAUUGUGCUCGUAAACAGGUAAACUUCCAUUUAUCACCUAUACGUACUGUGUAGGCAUGUAAUGAAUAAAACUGAUGGGUAAAAUCGUGAAGGGUAAAACUGAUUAUUUGCCAGUGAUGAUACUGGGAGAGUUAUUAAACAUAACCACCUACUUAAAGAUCUGAAGAUAAUAAAACAUUUGCGGUUCUGAGUGCCGUUAGAGGGCCUGGGCUGACCAGGAAUGCUGCUUUGAAAUCAAAGCCGGCCAGCGGAAACACUGCUGGGUAAUUUGGGUGUACCAUUGUGGUCAGAAUCAUAUAGCAACUUCCUGUUGCUCCCUGCUGAGAAAUCUGUCACCCCGUGAUAGCUU